GGUGCCCGUGUCUCCCGGCCGGCGGCGGAGCUGGGCGCACACGGCGUGGGGCAGCCGCCGGGGCUCGCCUGCUCUCGCCGCCGCUCGCCGGGCGGCAGAUCCGGCCCGCGGCCAUGCGCCAGCGCUGCGCUGAGCGGCCGAGCGGCGGGGCUGCACCGCCGUGAAGCGGCGUGAGGAUGAAGCGGGCGAGGCGGGCCGCGCCGGGCCCCCUGCCCGUGCUGGGGCUGCUGCUGCUGGGCGCCCUGCCGGGGCUGUGGACCGUGCUGCUGCGGCGGGAGGCCGCGGCGCUGCCGGAGCCRCGGUCGCCCGCCGGGCAGCCCCCGGGACCAUGGGGCUGGGGGCGCACACCGGCGGCGCGGGGCGAGUCCGGCGGCGGCGGGCAGAAAACUUUUCGGACGCUGCUGGCGGUGCCGGCGGCGACGACGGACCGGGAGGAGCGGGGCGGCGAGGAGCGGCUCGCUGCGACGGACUCGCCGCCGCCGGCUGAGACCGCCUCUCCGGUGGAGCGGGGCAUCUUCUGGAGCCGUGAGCUUGAGGAGCAGGUGCCGCCGGGCUUCGCGGCGGAGGAGGCGGCGGCGUGGCUGUCGGCCGCCCGCGCCGCCCGCGUGGCCUCGCUGGAGCGGGGCGGCUGCGGGCGCAGCUCCAACCGGCUGGCGCGGCUGUCGGACGGGAGUCGCGCCUGCGUCCGCUACGGCAUCAACCCGGAGCAGAUCCAGGGCGAGGCGCUCUCGUAUCACCUGGCCGGCGUGCUGGGCAUGCAGGAGCGGCUGCCGCCCAUGGCCCUCGCCCUGGUGGAGGCCCGCGGGCGGCAGUGGGAGCCGGUGCGGGAGGAGCUGCGCGGCUCGCACUGGGCCGAGGGCGCCGUGGUCAGCCUGACCCGCUGGGUGGACAAUCUCACCGCCGUCGUGGCUCCCGCGCCCUGGGGYGCCGAGGCGGGCGCUGGCCGGCGGCUGCAGCCGCUGUCGGCGGGGGAGCUGGGCGGGCUGCCGCCGUCGCAGCURGUGGAACUGGUGCAGUGGAGCGAUCUGAUCCUCUUCGACUACCUGACUGCCAACUUCGACCGCCUGGUCAGCAACCUCUUCAGCCUGCAGUGGGAUCCGCGGGUGAUGCGCCGCGCCACCAGCAACCUGCUCCGCGCCCCCGACGGCGGGCUCGUCUUCAUGGACAACGAGGCGGGGCUGGUGCACGGCUACCGCCUCCUCGCCAUGUGGGACCCCUACAACGAGCCGCUGCUGCGCUCCGUGUGCGUGUUCCGCGAGGGCACGGCCCGCCGGGUGGCCGAGCUGCACCGCCGCCGCAGCGCUGCCGCCGAGCUGCGCCGCCGCUACCGGGCCCGGGAGCCGCUCUGGGCGCGCCUCGGCUUCCUCUCGGAGCGCCAGGCCGAGCUCCUGCAGGCCCGCGUCGACUUCGUGCACCGCCACAUCGCCCACUGCCGCGCACAGGCCGCCGCGCUCUGAGCGCGUUCCCUCUGCUCCCGGGCAGCGGCACUCGCCUGUCCCGGCAGCUGCCGCGGGCCGGAGCUGACCCRGCCGGCCACCCCGGUGCCCCGGACUGCCGGGGACAGAGAGCGCUGGGAAUGGGGACGGCCGCCCGGAACCUGCCGCGGCUGUCGAGAGGAGCGAUUAAUUCGCUUUGUCAAGAUCUCUGAAGAUGCAGAGUGCAAUCUGUAUAAUUACGGCCCAGUUACACUCUAGGACUCUGCCCCCAGAUUGGAAAAAGGAAAGGGUUCAGCAUCUUCAGUGCUUUCCUUAGCUCUCUUCGUGCCCUCGCUCUCGUAAGAGACCCCAUAGGAAAGCAGUMGUCUUUGUCUGGAUUGGGGUCGAGUAUCUUUUUUCCUUCCAACGAAGGCAGGCGGAAACAUUUUUUAUAUAUUCUUUCUUUUGCAACGGCAUAUUUAAGUAUGAUUGUUGAUGUUCUUAGACCAAGAAYUGGUUGCACAAUAGGGGAGCCCCUAACUAGCAAAACUGCCCUAUUUAUGAAACUUGUUUCCUACCAAUUUUCUUUAACGAGAGUGAACUUUUCCACUGAUUGUUAAAUCUUGUUGAUGAGAAGUGUAUAGGAAGCCCAUAUUCCCUUAGUUCUUAGAUUUUUGUGGAUUCGUUGGGUUAAACUGUCCUGAUCCUUAAGGGUUUGUAAUCAUCACCAUCAUAAUUUCACCUGACCAGUAAAGUUACUGACUAAUGGGUGGUACAAGAUCUCCCAUUUUAAAAAAUUACUGCUAUGUGCUAAGACUUUGACACAAUGGUUAAAGUGGAGGAAAAACUGUUUCAUGCACUUUACUUUGACUUUUUAAUAUUUUUUUUAAUAGAAAACCUUUUUAUUUUACAAAGUCUGCCUUUUAUGUACAUUAUAUAUGUUCAUAAACUUUUCUGUAACAUACUAAAGAAACUGAUAUUUCAGUAAAGUGUGUUAAUGUUUUGCCUUC